CAAACUAGCUGAACCGUAUUUUAUCCUCCCAUUAGCUGCAUCUAGCUUCUUUAAGGCAAUUGAUUUGUGUUUCGUAUACAAUGAUCAUCAAAUACUUCAAUAUAUUCUUAUGGUGGACAUUAUCUUCUCUGCUGUUAUUUUCGUUGUCCUCAGCGUACGUUGUUGGGAAACCUUCGCAAAACGUGAACAAAACUAGCAGAUCAACAUUUAAUGAUAUAACGCUUUCGGCGCAGUUCUUUGACACAACAACCAUUGACACUUCAGUAAAAAGAGGGUCUCACCCUUUAGAAUUUCCUGAAAUGGUCAGAUUGGAAACCAACAGAGACAGCAAAAAUCCAAGUACCAACAAAUUUCUAGUUAGAAAAGAAAAAGCAUUCCUACGUAAUUCCUACCAGAGGACAAGGACAGAGUGGGAUGGAUCUAAGGCACUAGUGGAUAGAGGUAGAGUGGUGGACUUCGUCUGGGCCGGUUCAACAGCCAUUCUAUCUCCCAACCCAUACUCAAAGGGACUCGCUAUAGCUGGGAUGGCAUGUAGUGUUACAGGAUGGGCUUUGGAGGCUCUUCGGAAAGUACCUGAACCAAAAGCGGUAAGCUACGCGUGUAGCACAUUAUCUUUCUUAGGAGCUUUUUGGAACGCUUGGUUGUCACGGAAUACAAUACAGCAGGCUUACCUUGACUUCAUAGGCAAGACACCACCAGGCGAAAACUUCUUCUCUGCGCAUGAAAUGGCCACAAUGUUCACUGGGGGAAGGACAGCACGUGAUAAUUCAUAUUUCGGACAGUUUGAACAAAAACUAGCUAACGACACAAUCAAAGUAUUCAACUCGGCUAAAGGAAUACUAUUCCAUGAUCCUAAAGAUAAAUAUUCGGUUGUAACAUUGUCCGCUAUGAUAGGUGCUUCUAAAGAUAAGCCAGCUACUAUAGCUAUAUCCAAAGACCUGCGGCUUGAGCAUCCUUACUUAAAGGCGUGGUGGGAAACUUCGGGUAGUAAUAUUGUGUUGAGGACUCAUUCCGUCUCCCUCCACCAAAAGGAUAAGUUACAAAAGAGACUAUCUCAUGAAGGUGAACAACCCUGUAUUGAUGAGAUUGAGGAAGUCGAAUACAGUAACGAUAAGCUAUAUGCCUGUAACGAGAGAGCUGAAGGGGAAUACCCAGCGCAAGUCAUGUACGGCGAGAAUUUCUACGGGGACGAACAACAAUGGGAAAGGACCGACUACAACAUAGGUGCUGAAGCAGGCGAAGACAAUGGCGGUAUACCUUUUGCCAAUAGAGUCAUGACAGACGCAGAUGCUAAUCAAUGGUCAGAUGCCUGUUUAUGCCUCCAGGACAAUGGUCAAUGGAUUAGUACAGGAGCAGUUCAGUUAGCUAGAGAUGGAGAAUCAUACUAUGGACAGGAUGCCUGUUAUGCUGGUAAUUGUGGUGCCGAUGGGUUUUGAUAAGGCGCGGUAAUGCAUGAUCGUAUACCCAGUCCUUAAUAAAUAUAAGAACAAAAAAAGCAAAAAUAAAGAUAAGAACAUUCAUAUUCUCAGUCUUAAAGACUCUUGUAUAGGUUCGAUUCCUAAACCUGUACCUUGGUGGGGCAAGUAAAAUUCAGGUUAGGUAAAACAGCGGCAUGAAUACGUUUCUACAAAGAAAUACUAAAUACUAUCAAAAGAUCGUUACUAAAAAAGUGAAAAUUUCAAAAUCAAGACAUCUUAGAAUACUGCCUAAAUCAAGUGGAAGUUUGUCACUCUCUUUCUUACGAGCGCAAACGAAAUAAGCCUCUGUAGGUGGUCCCAGUUGGGAGUAAUCCUGCGCCAUUGCUUGAAGUGUUCCGUGGUGAGAGUACUCAUAGCACCUCCCGCACCAAACACAAUUGGCACAAACGUAACUGGAACAUGAUCACGAUACUUGAGGACCUUCUUGUGGGCUUGAUGGAGGGUGUUAAAGGAUGUGGCGUGCUAUAUAAAGAUAUAUGUGUUAGCUGUUACAAGGUAAAUACUGGCAGACGACAUCAUUAAAAUUGCCGUGAUAGUUCCACAUUCAUAAAUAGUACCACUGUAUAUUAAAAGAUGAUGAUUCAGUUAUCAACCUCAAAGUAUACGUGUACUGUCCGCAAGAUCUAUAUCUGACAAAAUAUUUAUCGGUAUCUAAUAUGUCAUGUUCAGUAAUACUUGCGGGAAUAAUAUGAAACUGAUGCUUUAAUAGAGAAUAAAUUAUAAGCCAAAAGUUGAGUAAGUUAUUGAUGGUAUGAAGCUAUCAUGACUCACCAAAUCUCAUCAAAACGAGUUCCAACUGAAAUAGUUCAGUAACCAAAUUUGCUCACAAAUUCUGGUAACAAGUUCCUUUCAUCAUAGAGAUUAGGAUCGCCAAUUUGGUCUAAUAUCGU